GGGUGGUGUAGUUCAGAGUUCAGACAGAAAGAGGGGUGAAGGAAACUCGACUGUGAAGAAAUCGCGGGAAAAUGGAAAAAUUCUUGGUUCCUCCCAAACCCUCGAUCAACAGGGUUCAGUCUCUUCGCAGGUCGCGAUGGAAAAGGUGUUUGGGUGAACUAAAUGGGCGAUUUGAGCCCAAUUAUCGUCAUGAAAUGAUGGAUUUUCUAUCUCGUUCUUAUUCUCAGGUUGGCGUGUUUCCGCAUUUGUACGGAGCGAAUGAGACGCCGUGUGAAAAUAAUAUGAACCGGUUUGUUGUGAGGAAAGGUAUCUCUGCUGUAGACUUUGACAACAAGGGAAUAUACUUGGUGUCUGUGACAAAAUCAGGUUGCUUAACAGUUCAUGACUUUGAAGCUCUUUAUUGCCGGUCACAUGACCGAACUGGCUCGAAAGAAGAUGAAAGCAUGCGUCUACUGCACCUCCCACUAAAUCUACAACUUGAUGCUGUCAAAUGGAAUCUUCAUAAUCAGGAUGAGGUUGUCUGUGCAUCUAUAAAACAUCAAGGACUACUCAUAUUUGAUGUAGCAAGUUACUCGUCAGAACCAACUGAAGUGUUAAAAACAAGACAUAGACCUACAGUUGAUGGAUACAGCAUACUCAAAGGUUUCUCUGAUGUUGCUUUUGCACCAAAUGAUUCAAGGAUAUUUGCUUCUGAUACGCGUGGCACGAUUAAUGUUUGGGAUAAAAGAGGGAAGAUUCUACCUUGCCUCGAGUUUACAUCUGCUUCACAUGAUAUCCUUAACAGCAUCCAAUUAAGUGCAGACAAUCAGAUUAUUUUUGGUGCUGGGAACAAAGGGCUUCUGCAUGUUUGGGAUAUUCGUGGUGGAAGAGUAUCUACUAAUUUUCAAAGUCACAAAGAGCUAUGCUAUCCACCAUUAACAUCAGUGAAGUUGGCAACAUUGCUAGAGAAGAUUGGAUCAUUGAAGGCACAAACAAAGAUCAUUUCCAAGGAGAUUCACUCUAUUGCCAUUAAUCCAUCUUGCCCGUAUCAAUUAGCAUUCCAUCUUGAUGAUGGCUGGUCGGGCAUUCUGGAUAUUAAUAAUUUUCAAGUUACACAUAUUCAUUGCCCACCUCCACCUUGGUUAAAUGAUUCCUAUGUUCCCACUGAUGUAUCCUAUUUAAGAAAACCUUCAUGGCUAUCAACAUGUUCGAUCUAUAUGACAGGCUCACCCUGUAACAGUGGCAUCCAUCUCUUAGAUUUCUAUCCCAGUACCAGCUCACCAAGUCAUGUGGAUUACAGGGAGAAUAUAGAAGAAUUUAAUGGGCAGAACAAGCAAAAUAAUCGGAACAGAUUUAUUUCUUUAUCAGAAGAAGUUAUCUCAUGUGCUGCUCACCCUUUAUAUAAUGCCAUAGUAGCAGGAACAAAGGAAUCAUCCUUGCUUGUGAUUUCUCAAAGACGUGAGUCAAGCGAUGGUAAAGAAUAAGUAUAGGCUGAUUUUUGCAUAGUUGUGGCUAUUUAUGAGAGUUGAAGAUUAGUCCAAGUAUUGAGUGAUUUAUGUAGAGGAUUCGCAAUUUAAGUGUCGUGUCUUGCAAAUUAAGAGAGGCGAAGAUUGGUCCAAAUAUUGAAUGAUCUUUUUGUAGAGUGUGGACAAUUUAGGUGUCCUUUCUUCAUCUGAAAUUACAUGUCAGUUUUUGGUAUCUCCAUUUUACAUAAUUUGAUGUACAAUUACUGAAUUGACUUACAGAUAAAUAAUAUUGAAUUCAACAGUUGAUGUUUCCUA